UUCAAACUUCACCAAAAUAAUUUCUUGACAAAAAAAAAAAAAAAAGCUUUGGUUAUAAGAAGAGAAAGUUCAAAGAUCAUUUAAUCUCCUUCAAAUGGAUCUUGACGAUUCUUGCAACACAGGUCUUGUUCUUGGUUUAGGCCUCUCACCAACAACUAAUAAUUACAAUCAUACUAUCAAGAAAUCUUCCACUACCGUUGAGCACCACUUCGAUCCGUCGUUGACCCUAAGCCUCUCCGGUGAGAGCUACAAGACCAAGACGGUUGAGAUGACCGAUGCCGGCGCCGGAGACCAGAUUUUUCGGCAGACUUCAUCUCACAGCGGAAUCUCAUCUUUCUCGAGCGGAAGGGUAAAGAGAGAGAGAGAAAUUUUCUGUGGUGAUGGCGAAGAAGAGGCGGAGGAGAUGACGGAGAGAGUGGUGUGUUCGAGAGUGAGUUAUGAUCAUGAUGACGAAGAAGGUGUUAGUGCUCGUAAAAAGCUUAGACUCACUAAACAACAAUCCGCUCUUCUUGAAGAAAGCUUCAAAGCUCAUAGCACUCUUAAUCCCAAGCAAAAACAAGUUCUUGCAAGACAGCUGAAUCUAAGGCCCAGGCAAGUUGAAGUGUGGUUCCAAAACAGGAGAGCUAGGACAAAACUAAAGCAGACAGAAGUGGAUUGUGAGUUUUUAAAGAAAUGUUGUGAGACUUUAACGGAUGAGAAUAGAAGGCUCCAAAAAGAGCUUCAAGAUCUUAAGGCUUUAAAAAUGUCUCAACCGUUUUACAUGCAUAUGCCGCCGGCGACUUUGUCUAUGUGCCCUUCUUGUGAGAGACUCAGCGGUGGUGGUGCUGGAGGAGGAGGCGGAGGUACGGUGGCGGUUGAUGGAGAAACGGGGAAGGGAGCUUUCUCCAUCGUCACAAAGCCUCGUUUCUACAGCCAUUUCACUAAUUCUUCUGCAGCUUGUUAAUUGCUUAUUAAUUUGUUUAUGAUUUUUAUAAAUAUCCAUUUAGAAGUUAAUUAGAAGGUAAUUCCCAGGGGAAAAGUCUUAGGUUAAAAAUUGGGUAAAAUGGGUAUAGUCUUUAUAGACAAGAAGACUCUUCAACGAUCCCACUUUAUUUUUCGGUGGGAUUGUUGGCUGACGAAGAAAAAAAUAGUUUGCAAUUUGUAGAGAAAAGGAAGAUAAUAUUAUAGUACUUACUAAUAAUCCAUCUUCUUUGUUCUUUUCUUCACAUAUAUAAUUAAUUAUGAUGUAAUUUUGCUUGUAAAAAACAUGAAU